GAAUACCCGCCACCCAAAUCUGCUCCAUAUAUGAAGAAAAAAUAAAAUAAAAAGCAUUAUAUGAAUCAUUAUAUACGUAUAUCAUCAGCUUGUUCAUUCAUGUAUAUUAUAGUAUUUGUUUAUACGUAAUUUAGUUGCCAGAAUAAAUAGCAACCGGAAAAUCUAAAUCACUUUUUUUUUUCUUGUUGUUGUGAAAAGACAAAUUAAUAAACCGUUACAAGAUUUCUUCCAUGUUGCAGUUUUCAUUUUUUCUGGGGAUUCUUGAUUUUUUUUCCGAGCCUUUUCUUCAACAGCUUUACUUGAAAAACUUUGAAAAUCUUGUAACUUUCUAUUUGUUUUUCACACACGCAUAGUUGCCGCUUCAGUUUCCUUGGCGUAUAGUAUAGCUUUGUGGAUAUUAAUUGAUAUUUGCGACUAAAACUGCAAAUUUCUUGUUCUUGAAGAUAAGUGAGGAUUUGGGCUCUCUUGUUUCUUGUUCAUGCUGAAAAUUUAUUCUAACCCUCGUCUCAAAAGCGUUGAAUUUCCAUCCAAUCAGUUCAUUUGCUGCAAAGAUUUAGAUUAUAGUCUUUCAUGUGUCGGAAUCCGAUGGGUGAUGAUGAUGAUAUUCGUGCUCUAAAAGAUACACUAUGUGCUCAGCAGGAGCUUCUGCAGAAGCUCUACAAUGAGUUGGAUGCAGAGAGGGAGGCCUCUGCCUCGGCUGCCAGCGAGGCCCUGGCCGUGAUCCUCCGGCUGCAGGGAGAGAAGGCGGCCGUGAAGAUGGAGGCGGAGCAUUACAAGAGGCUGUCGGAGGAGAAGAUAUGCCAUGCUGAGGAAUCCUUAGCCAUGAUAGAAGAUGCAGUUUAUCAGAAGGAAAUGGAGGUGGCUGCAUUGGACUAUCAAGUGCAGGCUUAUAGGCAUAAGUUGCUGAGCAUGGGCUGUGAUGAUCAUGGCUUUGGUGGUGAGACGAGCGUGGGAUGCAGCAUAGGGAGGAGGCAUUCUGUGCCCUUGUCGUCUAGGGGGAAGAGCGCGUUGAGUGAGAGGGAUGGCUGUAGUGUGCAGGGGAGGGAUUUGGUUUCUGGUGCUGUGGAGGGGAAGGUGGUUGAGGAAAUUUGUGGGAAGGAGGGGUUGGAUUCGGGGAAAAAGAUCGAUAGCUAUAGGGAGAGGAUUAGGAGGUUGGAUGAGAAGGUGAAGGAGAUUGCAGGAGGGAGCUACAUGAGCUCUUCUAGGAGUGAGACGCGGUCUCCCUCUUCAUCCGUGUCUUCUCGUGUGAGUAGAGGGAGUUCAUGUGAUCCAACGAGGAACGAGGGCAGUUUGUGUCAGCCAGACAAGAUGAUGGAUGGAAGUGAUCAUGAGGUUAAGAGUUCAGAUGGUGUGGCUGCUUCUGCUGUUGCUGCUGAUAAUUCUUGUUCAACGAGCAUUCAUGACGUGUUUGAAGUUCCACAAGCUGAAGGGAGGUGUGAAUUGAUGGCGAAGGAUGAAAUCGAGAAUCUUGGGAAGGAAAACAUCGUUUUCCCAGAGGCUGUGAAGAUGUGUGCUAGAGAUGAGCCUGAGUGGCUCAAGAAAGUGCUGCAGUCGAGCCAAGUGAGUGAUGUUGAGUGCCGUUUGGUUGUUGCAGCGCCAGCAACGAGCGUUGCUCAGUUUCACACGAUGAGGGAUCAAGCUGGGGGGAGAUCAGAGAUUGUGGAAUGUGAGAGAGCAGUGGAGUGUAGCAGCAGAGAGGAAGAACUGAAACUGUUAAAUGAGAUUAGAGAGAAAGUGAAUGUGUUGCAUGAUGAGAUCAGGAGUUUGAAAGUGAAGAAGAAAUCAUCCUCUGUUAGAGAAGAAGAGCCAUCCUUGGCUAUGGCUCUUCUCUCAGAGGCAAUGCUUUCCUUUUGGCUGUGAUGGAAGUUAUAGAAAUCUGCUGAUUGAAUCGACGCCUGCAUAUUGUGUGUAUUCUCCUUCUCUCUCUCUCUCUCUCAUCAACGCCUCAUUGUGUAAGAGUGACUUUGCCAUUUAUUUCAAUAUUUUUUUACUGUAAUUGAUCACUUUGAUUUUGGACUUUUUGUGUUUUGUAUAUUGGGUUUUGGUUGCAGCUGCAUAGUUCUUUUGUACAGAAUGAAUACUGAUAUGUUACAUAUAAUCAAGAAUGUCUUCUCUCUCUCUCUCUCUCUCUCAUGUGAUCAAGCAAGCAUAAGUGAUAUGAUUGUGUAGAGCAUAUGGAGAAAAGGCAAAAGUGGAAAGGAAACUCAAGAAGUUAAUGGACUAGAAUUAUUAGCAAUGUAUUGCAGAAAUGAUCAUGUUUCAAACACAGCUAGAUCUUCUGCAUCAUCAUCAUCCAUUCCAGAAGGGUGGCUCGUCCCGACUACGAAUCACUCACUAGUUCCAUCCCCGGCAUGGACUUCCCGGACAGGAACGACUUGAUGAGCGUUAGAGCUUGCUUUGGCCUAUGCAGGGGAACUUCAUGGCCGGCUCCUCUCACUGUCACGAAUGUCAGCCCCUCGUAUUCUUCUGUCCAUCCGCCUACCUGCUUGUCGAACACAACGAAAUCUGGUUACCAAGUGAUCAGAAUCAGAGGGUGGUGUGGUGGGGUGAGGACAGAAAGCUGACCUGGCCAUCAUCAUACCAAGCACGCCACGGCCUCACUGUCGGAAGCUUCAUAGCAUCUAUGUUGUGACGGGUUGAAGUCACCGGAAUCACAGCAUCCGUGUCGCCACUGUCCAAGUGAUGGAACAUUGUAUUAAAAUCAUGGAUCCUUACUCUUUUGUAGGAAACAGAAAGCCAUGUUGUAACUGAUACAAUUUUUUUUUGAAAUGGAAGAUUAAGCUUAACUUUGAA